AUGAGCAGCGGGGGCGGGGCGGGGGGCGGGGAGGGGGGCUACGGGGGGGCCGCCCUCUCGGCUGCCGCCAUGGUCGCCGCCGCCACCGCCACCGCAACCGCCACUGCCAGCGUCGUCGCCCUCCAGGACCGCCACGACAUGAGCAGUCAGUACGGCCAGAUGCAGGGGGUGGGAGGCCAGUACAAUACUGGCGGUUAUGCUCAAAGAGGCCCUCCUGCUAACAUGCCGAUGAACGGAAUGGGCGGGAUGGGACAGAUGGGGAUGGGAAUGAUGCAAUCUGGACCAAUGCACGGUGGGAUGAUCCCUGGAGGAGCUAUGCAGCCGGGCGGAGGACCCAUGAAAGGAAUGCCAAUGCAGGGCGGAAACGGAGGACAAGUCUACCAUAGGCGAUUGGCACCGUACCCAAGUCCCGCAAUGCACAUGAACCAGAAGAGAGGGCAGUACCCAAGUCCGGGACCUGCUCCAAAUAUGCAACAACCCUUUCCGCCAAACAACACACCUCAAUAUGGUGCAGGUUAUGGCGCUAGGGGUCCAGCAUUCCAAGCCCAGUAUCAGCAGCAGGCGAUGUUUCCCGGGAACGGAGCAGUGAGGGGCGGUGGGAUGAGGCAGGCGACUCCUCCCUACCAGUACCCUUACCAAGGAGGAGGUUUUCAAGAGCGGGCUUCUUACCAGCACAGCCCGAUACCUGGAAAUCCGACUCCGCCCCUCACCCCAGCCAACAGCAUGCCCCCUUACCCGGACAUUAAGCCUAGUUUUAAUGAUUUAAAGCAGCCCAUCAUACCACCGAAGGAUGAUGAGCUGAGGUUGACAUUCCCCGUUCGAGAUGGUAUAAUCUUACCCCCUUUCAGGCUGGAGCACAACCUCGCUGUGAGUAAUCAUGUCUUCCAGCUGAAGCCUACAGUCCACCAAACUUUAAUGUGGAGGUCGGAUUUGGAGCUUCAGUUGAAGUGUUUUCAUCACGAGGAUCGUGCUAUGAAUACAAACUGGCCGGCAAGUGUGCAAGUUUCUGUAAAUGCGACACCUCUUUCCAUCGACCGGGGAGAGAACAAAACAUCUCACAAACCUCUCUAUCUCAAGGAGGUUUGCCAAGCGGGUAGAAAUACUAUACAAAUCACUGUCUCCGCCUGCUGUUGUUCGCACCUUUUCGUACUUCAACUGGUGCAUAGGCCCAGCGUAAGAAGUGUACUUCAAGGUCUUUUGAGGAAAAGACUCCUCACCGCUGAUCACUGUAUAGCAAAAAUAAAGAGAAAUUUUAAUAAUACGUCGUCCACCAAUUCGUACAACUGUGUGGAAAAAGAUGGAGUGGAACAGACAGCUCUCAAGGUAUCCUUGAAGUGUCCGAUAACCUUUAAGAAGAUCACGUUACCUGCGAGAGGCCAUGACUGCAAGCAUAUUCAGUGCUUUGACCUCGAGUCAUACCUGCAGCUUAAUUGUGAAAGAGGGGCAUGGAGAUGUCCAGUUUGCAACAAGCCCGCCCAGCUCGAGGGGCUGGAGGUUGACCAGUACAUGUGGGGCAUUCUGAACACCCUUAAUACAUCAGAAGUUGAAGAGGUAACGAUAGAUGCUGCCGCCAAUUGGAAGCCUUCGAGAGGGUUGCAAGGCAUCAAGACGGAAGAUGAAGGUACCGAGUCAUGCGGAAACAAACGGAUAAGCAAAGCCAUGUCUCCUGGAAGCAUGACCCUACCGACGAUGAACAAUUGGGACAUGAGCCAAUCAAUGUCACCAUAUAUACCGCCGGAUAUGAAUAGCAUUGCAAGUGGCUCUAUGAUGAAUUCAAAUGGUCCACCACCCUAUCCUGCCGGAUCUAUGGGUCGUAGUUAUGAGUUCAACCCUGCUACAACUAGCAGUUCUGAUUUCUCGACAACGCCUCUUUCUCACCUAAACGACAGUCAACCUCCCUUAGAUCCUCUUAAUGCAAUGGAGAAAUCAUUAAACGAACAGAUGCCCCACACCCCCCACACGCCACAUACCCCCCACACACCUCACACUCCAGCCGGCGCUGGGAGCGGGCCUCCGAGUGUGCCUCCUCCUCCAGAACCGAACCCGUCGGACGACAUCCCUUCUGAUCUUAACUUUGAUCCUGCAGCAGUAAUUGACGGAGAAGGGCAAGGCCAAGAAGGGCUAAAUCUGUUACCUGACAAUGUAGUGGAUCCCAUGGAACUGUUAUCCUAUCUCGACCCACCAGACUUGGCGACACCUCCGAGCAGCGGUGCCUCGAGCAAUGGUAACAUCGGUACCCCUACUGCAAAUACCAGCGACGACAUACUUGCUCUCUUCGAGUGAAGACAUCUUUAAGCCUCAAUGUUCCUUUCUUAAACAAUUCUAGAGUUGCCAUUUUGUCAAAAGACGAUGAAUGUAUGCAUAAAUAUUAAUGUAUAUAUUUCUAUAUAUAAAAGUGCGCAAUGUUCCUCUUCUCCCACCUCUUCCUUAUUUUGUGGUUUAAUGCCCUCGCAUGAGCAGACUUUGCCGAUGGGUGAAUUUGAGUAUUUUCAGUUCCUUUCCAUCAAUUGUCAAUUUUUAUCUAGUUUUUAGGCAAAUUUUAUAUUUUGCCCCCUCUCCUACCGAAAAUUCAACUUGUCCCAUCAGGCUAGUAUAUAACAGAAGUGUUUCUGUGAAAUGUGAUGGAUUUAAACCAUGAGGUGUAAUUCUCGCCGAAACUAUUUUAUGCCUCUGGUACUGGUCAAUCGUACCAUGUGGGUGGCAAUUGUAUUAAGGAGAAUGUCCUCUUUUACCUGACCAAUAUUCCUAUUAAAAGAAAUAAGAUAUGUACUAGCGGAAACCACAAUUUUGUAAAUGAAAACCGUGGUUUAUUGCUAAUUGUAGAUAUAUAUGAUGCCCGGUCGCUCAUGGAGCAAGAAUGAAGCGACCGUAUUGUAUUUAAAACUGUGUAAAUAUUAAUACUAAUAAUAUUAUCUAUUAUAAUGGCACACAAGUAUAUAAAGUUAUCUAAGUGGCGGCCAGUUUUUUCUUCUAUUAGUUAUAAUUGAAUAGUUACAAUAGUAAAGAUUAAAAUUAAAAAGUAAAAAUAAUCGAUGAUUAUCGAAAUAUUAUAUUUUAAAUCCUGUCGGAACCAAAUGUAGUCAAAAGAUGGUAGAAAUUAUACUUUGAUUUUAGGAUGUGGGUGUCGAGAUGUUGUGUUUUGCAAUUGUGCGUGACUGAAAUUCUAAAAGUGACAAAAACUGUUCUUCAUUUAUCUCUGUGUACUAACCGCUUUUACCAUCGUUUUAUUAGACUAUUAGAAUCGUCACUACAGUGUAGUAGCGGCCCAUACGCACACAAAACAAUAUUUCAAUACGAUUUGUUGGUGCGCAGAACUUGGGCAUUAGUUGAACUGUUGACAGUUUGAUUUUAUAGAUAUAUUUUAACUGUAUAAACGAACCUAAACAAAAUCCAACAAACGUAUCAGAUUACUUUAAAUCUAGAUUUUUAUAAAGUAUUUGACAAAAACUUGAAUCAAAAUUAAUGUUAGUCCUUAAAGUGAUCAAGAAGAAGUGUUUUCUGUGCGUAUCGGGAUCGAUAGAUAAGUGAGGGGGAGGUUGAUGUAUUAUAAAUUAUCAUAUAUUGUAUAAAUAAAGACCUACACUCUUUGGAGCCUGUCAAAUUGUUAUAUUUAUCUUAAUGUUAAAUGUGUGUCAACUCCUAUUAUAGAAUUAUAUAGAUCAGAAAAUCUCAAAUAAUUUAAUCUAAAUGUGUCUUGGACGGAGAAUUUUCUAGAUUUGGAGAACAAAAUAAAGAAACCCAGUGCCUUUUGCAAGAUUGUGUCUGUUUUGUUUUAUUAAGACAUAAUGAUCUCAUCUAACGUGAGGAGACGAUAUAAUGGUAGUUGACCUCACCUUACUCAAAUUGUAUAUUCUAAAAUAUGUGCGCGUUACCUGCUCGUCAUAAGAGUGUAGGUGUCUCUUUGUACAUUUAAUUUGCCAAGUAUUAUACGGUGAUGUAUUAGGUUUAAUACCCGUAGCUCUAUUGUGUGCUCUGUUGCAAAUGGAUCUUUAGACAAAUGCUGUCGUCUGACGAAACAAUCACAGUACAAAAGUUUUGAAAAUAUAUUUUAAUUGUCUGUUCUCUCUAGUUUAUAUGAAAGUUAGUACAAUCAAUAUCUUGUAAAUUGUUCUCAAGUUGUGUUAAUUGUAUGUUUUGUUUAUUAUCGAAGAAAAGGGGAAAAACAUUUUUGAUUUUUGUCACUAUUAUUCUUAUAAGUGCUCUAUGUUAGAAAUUUAAGCCUUUAUUAUAUUUAACAGAACUCAAUACAAGGGGUUAUUAAUUUCUUUCCAUCUCAUACUGAAAUAAAAAUUUACAAUGAAAAAAAAAAGAAAAUGUGUCGAGGGAACAUAAUUUCUACAAGAGAAUAGGUAUUUUGAGUUUCAUGUAUCAGAAUGAAUAAAUUGACCCGAGGUGGUUAGAGUUCAUGCUCUUCUUCAUUCUGGCACAUUGUAUAAAUAUACAAUAAGAAUUAGUACCUACGUUAAAUUACAAGUUAAUAUAAUAUUGACUAGAGUGCAGUUCUGUUUAAAAAAAAAAUAGCUGUUGUAUUAUUACGUAAAUGAGCAGAGAUAUAUUUUUGUUUUGUAUAAGUUAUAAGGCAAAGGCAUUUGUUUCUAUAUGUCUAGUUGUGAUUGGAAAUUAUGAUAAAGUUUUCUAUUUAUUUCAGAUUUUUUCCAUCCGUUAGAGCAAAACAGAUAUUAAAAGAAAAAAAAUGUAUAAAUUGAAACAUUAUCCUAUUUUGGACCAAAUUAUUGUAUGCCUAAAUAUAAUUUAUGUUACAUUUCUGAAAUAAGGUAUUAUAUUUAUUAUAUUCUAUAAUUUUGGUUCACUUAAAUAAAUAUAUAUAUAUAUAUAUAAAUAUAUUAUGCCAGAUGCUGAUACAUCUGGUGAACAAAUAUAACACUGAACAAU